AUGGCCAACAUUGACAUGAAUCCGCGGAUCUUCUUACAAUUAGCUUGGGCUUUCCCUGUGUUCCCAUUGCUCUUGACGGGGGUCGUCACUUUCAACGUCCUUCGUAUCGUGCCAUUGACUGAUCCCAGGGCUGUAUCAAUUUUUAUUACUGGUCUGUUCAUGUUCGGGGCUGGCGCAUUUAUGUGCAUCUUCUACUUGGCCAUAUUUCUCCUCCGGAUCAUGACGACGGGAUUUCUGGACGGUCAUCAGGCAAAUGGGGCUUUCAUUGCCGCCGGGCCACCGCCAUCAUACUUUUCAACAUGGGUAAAAUCGCUUCGAAACUCUUCCCGAUUCAUUCUUUGA